AUUCUGAAGAUGGCGUCUCCAAAUGGAGGUGAUGAUUUUGAGUCCUCUUUGCUGAGUUUUGAGAAGUUGGACAGAGCGUCACCAGACCUCUGGCCAGAGCAGUUGCCUGGAGUUGCAGAAUUUGCUGCAUCUUGUAAAAAUCCCAUCACAAAUUCACCCCCCAAGUGGAUGGCUGAACUAGAGAGUGAGGAUAUUGAAAUGCUGAAAGAGCUGGGGAGUCUGACCACCGCCAACCUGAUGGAGAAGGUCAAAGCACUUCAGAACCUUGCUUACCAACUGGGAUUAGAGGAGUCCAGAGAAAUGACCAGGGGGAAGUUUCUGAACAUCUUGGAGAGGCCCAAGAAGUGACCCCCCCCCCCCCCCCCCAUGAAAUGUGGGACUGCAAGGUGAAUCUGAGCUAUGCGUUUACCAGUACGCUCUGAACAUGUUCAGACCUUCACAACAAAGUUCAAGACUUUGCACUCAAACCGUAAACUGAAGCAGAAUGCUCUUUCACACACGCACACACACCCACACACUGAGGUCCUCGGUGCAUCUGUUGUCCUCCUAUAGAUAGAUGCCUUUACAUUUAUGGAAACGUCAAAUGAUUUAUUACUUCCUCACUGAAUUUCGUUGUAGCUUGUAGACCUGCUUUGAUUAAAUGUUCCCUAUUUAUUCUCAUUUCUAUUUUAAACAUGAUUUACAUUUUUUGCAAUUUGUGAAGUUGUAUAAUAAAGUUU